CAAAAAUCAGUUUACGUUUUUAAUAUUGAGAUUGAAAGUGCAUCAAUAAAAUGGGUCGCUUAGGAGCAUUCACCGUGUGUUUGAUUUUGGCCAUUGCUAUGAAUUCGUCAGAAUUUUCAGCCGAAAGUCUUGACUCGAACAUUGUUCAAGAUCUGAGUACACUUUGGAAUGAGGACAAAGCAGUUGUGGCUUUAUACCCAUUAAUUAAAGAAAAACUGUCUGAUAAUGAAUCAACAAAACUUCAAAUUAACUAUCGACUAGGCAAUCGCAUUGCUGGAGAUCGUUUGGUUGCCACAGCGGCGGGCAGUAAUUCAUGGACCUCCGCUCAAGAUAUUAAACUCACUUUGAAUUAUCCAAAAACAGGAAUUGGUUCAAUAGUUACAUAUCUUCAGGUUAUUGUUGAACAGAGCACAAACAUUGGUCGCGGUUAUGUAACAUCUGGCGGCAUUGGACAACGUCAAAUCACCGUUGUCAUUGAAGGAAAUCAAACUCUUUACUUCAAAUACAAUGCAGAAAUUUACGGUUAUUGAAAUAACUACUUUUACUUCAUCCAACUUCGAAAUGUCAAGUGUACUUGUCGUUUCAUUAUGGAACUUUCAUAUGCAAUUCGAAUUUGAAUAAAACUAAAACAUUUGGAUUUCAAAAUAUAUCACAAUUUGA